AUGGGGUAUACGACCCAGAGGGAGAUGAAUACGCCUCUGAGGAGGAACGACAGACAGCAUUUGCCGGUAUCGUCGCUGCCAUCUCCAACGUCGCUGCAGCAAUUUAACCAGUCGUUUACGACCCCAAACCGGAUUUCUGGCCAGGGCUUGAGUGAACCGGCCGUCCCCCAAGACCUGAGCAUCCUGCAGUCUCUUCCGCAGGGCCGUUGUAAUCUGUGCCAGAGUAAACGGUACCUCCUGGGCUGGUUUAUGUCUGAGGGGCAAUUCCUGCCGUUGGCUCAGCCCCAGCCCCAGCCCGAGAUCAAGCGAGAAAAUGUUGUAUUGAACCCGGCUUCGACAUCGGAAACCCUCUUUCAGGAGGACGAGACCAUCCAAUUAGACGACAUCGAUGAACUCUGGAACCAAAUGGAGCAGACCGCCAACAGUCAUCAAGAGCAAUAG